CUCCAGAAGUUCCAGCAGAAGGCUCUGAAGCAAACUAAGCAGAAGAAAUCCAAGUCGGCUGAAUUUCUGAUGGUAAAAGAAGAGAGAGCAGCAGCAGAAGGCAUUGAAAAUCCAGCUUUUAACUUCAGCAGCACAGAUCUUUCAGCAUAUCAGACUUCAGAAGAGAAAGUUAUUAGACAUGACAAGCUAGAUAGCACCCUUGCAGCUCACCAACAAAAACUCAGGCUGCAAGCCCCUGCUGAACCAAGAGGAAAUGAAUACAGCAGAAAUUACUUUGACCCAGUGAUGGAUGAGGAAAUAAACCCAAGGCAAAGUGGGAUGGAGGUCAGUGGAGAAGUGCCUAUGAAUUUAGAUGAGAAAAUUCUCUAUGUUGAACUGAUGAAACUUCUAGAUGAAGAGAAUAAAAUGGUGGAAUAUCAAGCCCAUGUCAUCUGUGAAAAUUUCUCAGACUCGGUAAGGCCUGUCAGCUUCACUAAGACACUUGACCUUCACAAGGCGGUUGAAGAUGAAGGGAUUCCUCCGUAUAUUGAACAGUUUGAGAAAGAUGUUCAGGAUGACAUAAUUCUGCUUGGCAGCUUUGCACUGGAACAGGACUUAAAAGUUCAAAAGGAAGUUCUUCAUCACAACAAACAGAUGUUGCACACCAGAUUCCAUAAACCUUUUCAGAGAAUAGAAAGUCAGCCAUUGAAAGUAGCACAGAAUGCCCGCAAACAUGAAAUUGAAGCCAAGUUUGGUAACCUCGCAGAAGUGAAUAAUGAAUCAAAUGGAGCAGCAGGACUUUGCUGGAAGGUUGACUGGUCCAAAACACCUCAGCCCAUUCAAAUCCAAUUAAGAUGCCUACGAGGUGCUAAAGACAAAGUGUCCAAGGGCCACUACACCCUCAAGGUUUCUUUGCUCAGUCGUCUAGGGGGUAGAGUACUUAAGUGGUCCGAACUGAAGGAACAGCAGUGGGCUGGAAUGACAUUGCCAGUCAGCCAUGAUGGAAACUUUUAUGACGUGGAAAUUUGUUUCGACCAAAGUGUCCAUACAGUAAGCAACGCUUCUUAA